CUUCGGGUUGACUGGUUGACUCUCUGGUGUCUCCGCCAUAAUUUGGUCACAUUCACAUCCAAACUAACCAACUUGAGCUUGGAGGUUUGCUAGUAGUGGUGCUUUCACAUAUCAUAUAAUCGCCAUACUAACUUCGACCCUAUCUUACAUCUCUCGAGGUUUAUGGCCUAGUGCAAGAUGUUCUCUGCCCACAAACGAUUAUAUGCGCCGUUGUCACGAGAAAUCCACUCCGUGCGAACCAGGUCUACUGGUCUCCCAGAAGGAUUCAAAUUUUUCCCGGAAUUUCUGUCCCUCACGGAGCAGCGCACGCUGCUCUCCGCCGCACUCUCUAAACUUGACUCUGCCGAAACAAAACAAGCUCGGAAGCGGCGAAGGGACUUCCUUGCCAACCACCCUCAGCAAAAUCGCGCAAUCGAGGGCCUUUUCCUUCCUGACGCGUACUAUAACUUCCAAGAGGGCCAUUACGAUGGCGUGAUACGACAUUACCGUGAGACGCACUUGUCAUCAUGGCCAGAGGAUCAGAAUCCGGGCCUUUCCUCUAUUCUAGCCCGUUUGCAAGGGCUAUAUCCGACCUCGAAUAUACAAACACAUCUUUUGCAUCUGUCAUCCGCGGGGGAGAUUCUCGGACAUGUGGAUAAUAUAGAAGCCAGUGGAACUUGGAUCCUCGGUGUCAGCCUUGGCGCAGCAAGAGUAUUACGAAUGGAGUCGACAAACAACCCAGAAGACUCCUUCGAGGUCCUACUCCCUUCAGGUAGUGUUUAUCUACAAAUGGACAGCGUGCGGUACGACUAUAAUCACUCUGUACUAAAAGCAGGCCGUUUCCGCGGAUGCGAGAUCAAGGCCGGCCAACGAGUCAGUAUAAUGAUUAGAGACCGAAAGGAAGUACCUAUAGUAUUCGAUUCAUAGGGUUUGAUUGAGCAAGGAGUUUACUUUACUCUCUUCACAUGAAUAUCAAACUGGGACGUCGUCGUAUGAACAGGCACUGGCGAUUUAACCGCAUAUUUCAUUCAAUUAAACAAA